CGCGGGAUUAUACCAUCAAUUUUGACCAAUCAACUCUGUCGCAUUGCAUGCUACGCACAAUGACAUUCGCAGUUCGUUGGUGGUGCCUCUGGAGCCAUGUUGUCCCGUAAGUUGGUUCGGCCGGCGGUCAUGCGCCACACCAUGGCCUCCCGCACAUCGCAAAGGAUCUUCAGCUCUGCCUCUCGCCCUGUUUGUUCGACAUUCCAGCCACCUCCGUCGUCGUUCUCGCCGCAAGAAGAUCGCAACCGCUCGUCGCUUCUCCAAGAUGCCGUCGACCACUUCAACGCUGCGCUCAAAAACCACACGACACUCACGCUUGGUGUCAUGAUUGCUUCGGACAUGGCGUCCGUGUUUGGAACGUACGGGUUACUCCAGCUCUCAGGAGUGACGAUCUCGCCUGAAUUCGCCCUUGCAUUUGCGUGCAGUCGUCCAUUGCGCCGGCUCCGCAUGCCGUUGGACGUCGCUGCGGCGGCUUGCAUCUCGAAGAUGUUCCCUGAGUUGACUAAAGUCAAAGUAUCGUCCCUCAUUCCCUCGCUCCCAGCUUCCGGUGCCGCGGCAGCUCCGUCUAUCUUGCAGAAGGGUUUGUCCGGCGUCACGACUGUAAUGGACAAGUACGGCGCGUGCUACAUGAUCGGAGCGCGGUUCAUGGGCCUUACCGUGGUCACAUCCAUCUACAUGGCGCUACUCCAAGGCGUCGACAUCCUCCCAAUUCUUAACCAAUAUGGCAUGGGCGACGUUGGGUCGGCUAUCGGGACGUGGGCCGCUGCCGUGACUCUAUCUUCGGUGUUUUACCCCGCGACGCUUGGUAUGGUCGGAUAUGUCGUCCCCGUGGUGGCCAAAGUGACCAAGUUGGCGGCCCCAAGUGACUCUGCCAAAAACAUGUAAACCAAUUUUGUGGACAGAGUGGGGCACCCACCCGUUUUGAACUUGAAGAAUAAGUCGCUACAUAAUGGUACCAUGCGUUUGAUGCUGCCAAUAGUUUCUGCGUUGGAGCAAUAUCUCGUCAACGAUCUCGACGUCGCAAGAUCGAGAUAGCGUGCUUUUCAGUCCAUGGCAUCCAGCGCAUCUGGUCCAUCGAGAGCACGCCGGCUGCAAGGGGCAAUGUCCAUUACAAUUAAUGCCGCCGAUGGAGUUUUCCCUGAUGUCGAAGUGCUUCCAUGUCGGGUUUACGCAUGGCAAAGCCAAACGUGUCUGGGCCGACGCGAUCCUGGAGCAGCACAUCUUUGGCAAUGAUUCUUUCCAAGAUACUCGUCCCAUAAUCGUCGUGGUGCAUGUCGACCGACCCUCGAUGGCAAAUCUCUGCUUUGAGGACCUUGGCCGCGUGGGAAAACACUUUGAACACUCGUCGCACUUCAUACGAGUUGGCCCCGACGUCGUGAUUCGUGUCGUGCGGGUUCUCCAUCGAAAGCAAGUCUGGUCGCUGAUAGUUUUUCCAGUUCCUGGACUCUUUCAUCACGUACGCUCCGCCAUCCCGCACCGAAAUCGUCAGGUCCGUCGAGUUGAACACAUUGCCGUACAAGUCGAAAAAGUCGACAAGGAGGUGGCCCAGGUCUUGCAUUGAGUUUGAAUACGAGCUGUUCCGAUUCUUGUGCUGGAGGAAGCUGACGACCAUGAGCUGGAGCAGAAAGGACCCGACUCCGCCCUUGAACGUUUCGUUGAGCCCGCGUUGCUGCAAAAAGUACUUGAGGACAAGCGUAAGCGGCCGAAAUGCUGGAAACUUCUCCUGGUAUCCCUUGACUAGGUCACCGGUCGCAAACCCACUCGUGACCCCAAACGACACAUCGACGCUCAGGCCCGACUCGGUGUGCACGAACUUGACGAUCGGAAUGCGCGCCGAGUCAACAACCUCUAAGAACGACACGAUCCCGAGGUCUUCCAGCCGCUGCGCCAGCGUGUACAGAGGUUCCUUUCCACUCGGCCCGUCUAGCACCACCAUGUCGAUGUCGCUUGAUGGAAGGUACAUCUCGGUAAACAAAGACCCGAACGCGCUCAACGAAGCACCGUCCCACAACGAUGCAACCAGGUCCUGCAUGGUCUUGACUAGUGCUUUCCGUGCCUUCACUUCUUCUGGCGUCGGACUCAAGAACGUAACAAAGUCCAGGAUUUCGUCGUGUAGACAAAGAAACACGUUCGGAAGUCGGUAUCGAUGGCCAGGCUUCAUCCACGGGGUGUCAUCCUCAGAGACAGAACGGAUCAGCGUCGUCCUGGACACUUUUGUGGGAUUGUCGUCAGUGGACGAUUCCUUGAUGGAGAUGUACGUGGAUUCAGUCGAGGCCACGUCGCUAUCGCUGUCAACGUCAGGAGACGGGUGGUGGAUGUCCACGGGUUCGUCGACAUUUUUGCCAACAGGCUUGUGUCGGCGGCGCUUGGGAUGUUCUUGGAGCCUCAACUUGUCGAGUUUCUCCUUCUUCUUCUUCUUCAGCUCAAAAUGCUGCUCCUUGCUUGCCUGGACCUUCUUGUUACGUUUCUUCUUGGAACGGGAGACGUCCGUCGGGGGUUCGUCGUGCCCGCCGCUCUUGUUGCCCUUCUUUUUCCCCAUGCCGUCGGUCCAGCCCAAUGCUGCUGCGCC